CAGAAACGAACUCCCAUUUUCGAAUUUCGAAUUUGAAAAAUAUCUUCGGAGAAGUUUUCGUGUCAAAGGAAGGAUGAAGGAGAUCGCGACGAGGAUUUCAAAGCGCAAGGCCGAGCCGACGCCGUUCCCCGGGAAGAAGCUUCGGUCGUUUCCUUCACGCCGGAAGAGAGCUCAGAUCUCUCCAGUUUCCGUCGAGCCACCUCUCUAUCACAAGGAAACAGGAGUAUCCGCUGCUUCCGUCGAUUCCUGCUCCAAUCUGUUCUCUGCAGUCGACGACAACGUUUCGUGCGGUUCUAGCAGAGUCGAGAAGAGCUCGAAGAAGAAUCGAAUUGAAGAGGAAGAAGAAGAAGUCUCUAGACCUGGCAAAGACGUGAAGAAGGAGACGAUCGCUGAUCCGAAGUUUCGGAGGAUCACUAGAUCAUACUCUAAGCUAAACAAGCAGAAGGACGGAGACGAGAUUGAAGUAAGCGAAUCUUCCUUCACACGAUCCGACUUGACAUUCGCCGAUAAUAAGGAGAGCGACGUCGUUUCAAUCGUUUCGGCUGUGGAGUCUUGCUCGAAGCUCGGAGGCGAUAACGAAGAAACAGAAAUCUCCAAACCGAGCGGAUUCGUGGAACUGAAGCCGGAGGCUGAGACAGUCGGAUGCGUCUCCGAUCUCGCUUGCACGGAGACGUUCUCCGGCGAAGAUGUUUCGGAUGAUUCCGAGGAUGAGUUAUCGGAGCAGCGUUCCCAGAUAUUUUCACAGUCCUCCGACCUCGAUUCAUCGGAAUACACUCCGUCAAUGUACUUCGAUUCCGGAAGCCAAUUCUCUGAGAAAUCUAGCUUUGAUUCUCCAAUUUCACAUACUCGCUCUCUCUACCUUCAGUACAAGGAACAGUUCACUAGAUCCACGAUUCCGAACGGUUUCGAAUCUUCUCGCCAUGAUCAAAACCGUGUAAUUCACUCUGAACUGGUAAGGUUUGAAGAUGAAGAGGUGGAAGAGAGCUAUCAAAUGCUGAGGGAAAGAGAGAGAAGUCAUGCGUAUUUGCGUGACUGUGCUAAGGCUUACUGCUCCAGGAUGGACCACGCUGAUUUCAUCCCUCGUCUACGCUUGAUCAUUGUUCAAUGGAUUGUGGAGCAAUGUUCUGACAUGGGGUUUCAGCAAGAGACCUUGUUUCUAGGAGUUAGUCUUCUGGAUCGAUUCUUGAGCAAAGGAUCCUUCAACAGCGAGAGGACUCUAGUACUAGUCGGGAUUGCGAGUCUUACUCUGGCCACCAGGAUUGAAGAAAACCAACUUUACAAUAGCAUCCGGAAAAGGAACUUCUACAUUGAGAACCUAAAGUAUAGCCGUCAUGAAGUGGUGGCAAUGGAGUGGCUGAUUCUAGAAGUCCUUAACUUCAAAUGCUGCUCACCCACAAUCUUUAACUUCUUAUGGUUUUACCUAAAAGCUGCUCGAGCCAAUCGAGAAGUUGAAAGGGUAGCCAAAUCCUUUGCCGUUGCCUCACUGUCCGAUCACACUCAACUCUGUUUUUGGCCCUCGAGUGUAGCAGCCGGACUCGUAGUUCUUGCCUGCAUCAAACACAACAAAACCUCAGCCUACCAACGAGUCGUAAAGGUUCAUGUUAGAACAAAAGAUAACGACCUGCAUGAAUGCGUCAAGGUAUAUUUUAAACAUCACUCUCAUACUAAUCAGACCACUUAUUCUCCACUAAGAGGGUUAGCGAAGGAGUUUUAUAUUAGUGUUUCUAUAUACAGAGCCUGGAAUGGUUCCUUGGGCAGUAAGCAAUCAACAACAACAAAAUACCCCCCAAACCAGAACACAGUAUACUCCCAUACGAACUCACAGGUUAUUAUUACCAUUUAUUAAACAAAAGUAUAUAAUUGGUAUAAACUAAGCAAUGCCUCUACAGAUUUAUAUACUUAAUCUCUGGACUUUUUAGCUGUUGUAUUGGCAUACUAAUACCCAAUUAUUUGUGUCGCUACCAACAUUUAUUGCUUAUUUUUCCCAAUACACUACACUCCCAUUUUAUUAAAAAUCAUUUUAUUGUUCAGUAUCUCCUCUUCAAUAAGGUCUGGAAGAUUUCUUCUGUUUUUUGAUUGAUCAGGAAACAAAGUCUCUGUUUCUAACUACAAAAUCACGAGAUUGCCAUGGGUUUUAUAAUGGGCCUUAACUAAAGCUCCACUACAUUUACUGAUCCAAUAAGAAAAUCCAUGACCAUGGAUUGAGGUUGUGCAUAUUAUACGAUUGAGUCAAUGAUUAUACUGAUUACUGAGACAUUCAAAUAUUCAAAUUCAACGAAUAAUGGUAUGCUUGGGCCCUCUUGAAUACAACAUUACCAUGACCACUGAGUUUGGGCUGUUAAUUCAGGGCUGGCUGUACUAAAAAGUUGGCCAAGGUUGUUAUCUUAUUAAAUGGUGGAACAAGUGCUUACAAAACAGAGGUAAGAAUAUGACAAGUUGGGCAUCAAUAAUAUUAAUACGUAACCCGUUGACUUUUUUGCUCAAAUUAUAUCCCGACCUGGUCCGCUCUCCCUUUAUAUAUUCGUGAUACCUAAAUCACCUAAUAGGGUUGUAAUACGGUGGCGGAUUAGAUCACCUAUAUCAAUGAUGAAAUGAUAACAAAGAAAACAUCCAAAAGUCAAAUUUAGAAUCAAAUGUCAAAUAACCACUCUCAUGGCCUAAUUAGAUAUCACACCCAUCACAUUUGUCAGUUGCACACCAAAACAGUCCUUUCUACAAAAGAUAUAAAUCUGUUGCAAGAAAAAAAAGAACAAACAAACAAAACCUACAAUCUGUCAUGUAGGCCCAACUUUGACUCAUAUAAUCUUAUCACCGUAUAUUGGAUCAUAAGGCCCAUUAGAUCGAUAAGCAAAAAGUGAGAGAGAGAGAGAGAGAGUUAUGACGUGAUCUAAUCCGCCACCGUUUUAGACUCUUAAACGCGCAUGCGUCUUCUUAACUAAUCAAAUAUUAGCUGUAAACCCCUCUAAUUACACCUCUUUCACUCAAAAACCCUAGAUCGAUCUCUCAUCUCAUCUCCUCUCCUCUCUCACACUUUCGUCUCGCCUUUUAGGAAGCUUCCCUUAAUUCACACACCAUCACUUUAACUAGAUUACUUCUCCACUCUUCUUAUUCACUUCAGCUUCACCGUGAAGAAGACGUCAUUUGCCAGAUCUGUACUGCUUCACUCUUAUAAACCUUCACAUUCACGAUCUGUCUGAACAGAGCUAUGAGUUCUGUCUGAUAACGAAACCAA